AUGCUGACGGCUACGACGACUGCGCGCCAGAGAUCUAGCAGCAACCGAUCGACUCCCGACGGCGUCGUGCUAAGCGACGUCCCCGGCCAGGGCAACGCAGCAGCUCUUUUGCGCCCGCAGGCCUUCACCACCACCAACUCGCCCUACCCAAGCAUCGCCGCCACCCCGCCCACCCUCCCCUCCCCGCGACCGCGAGCACAUACCUAUGCCGAUCCGAGCAUGCAACAGCAGGGACGCGCCACCCCGGUGACCCCAGGCGGCAUGCAGCAGAAUCAGCAGAAUCAGUCUCAAUGGCCUGCGCCGCGCCAUGUCUCAGAAACGCAGCGCGCUGCCCCAGGCUACAUCCCCCCACCGCCGCCCCUCCAGCAACAACCGCCGCAGCCGGGCAUGUCAUUCCCUCCUCCACCGCCCCGCCCGCCCAUGAGCGCAUCGCAGGCCCACGGCCCAUUCGUACCCCCUCCCCCAGGCCAGCCUACCUACUGGAAUCGACAGCCUUCCUCGUACCCUCCCCCUCCGCCACAGCAGACCCAGCAGCAGCAGAGAGAACCGCGACAGUACGAUCCAAGCUUAUACUUUGAAUACUCCCAGCUUCCUCCUUUGAAUCCUGGCGAGCCGUUGACUUCAGCCACCUACAUUCCCGAUGGGGGCAGCUUUGGGCCAGGUGUUGGCAUUCCGCCUCUGCAUUCGGCCAGCAAUCCACCACAUGCGCCCCCGCGCCCAACUCACGUGCCCCAUCAGCCCAGCUACUAUCGCGGAGGAUCUAACGACUUCAGCACAGGUACUAUGAUGGAGAGCAGAUACGAUGGUGGUAGUUACAAUCCGGACGUGACGGGCACUUGGUUCGCCAACCCCUACCAGCAACCGCCUCCGCAGCAAGUUCCUCCCACAUCGCACUCUGUUCCGCCGCAGAACCUGAUUCCACCGCCUACGCCCACCUCUGCCAAACAACAAAAGAGAUUGAUUGCGCCUGCGAAUCAGACUGAGCAACACACCUCCCCAGCAGAAACGGGUAGACCUCCUUUCGAUCAGGUGCGAAGUCAAACCAACGAAACCGUUUCGAAUAGAGAUCACUCCUCGUCGGGCGACACACCAGCUUCUCCUCAAGAUCAGAAUUGGCCGGCUGAACGGGUGCAGAUUUGGUUGGCGGCCCACAACUUUUCGAAAGAGUGGCAAGCAGCUUUUCAGCACUUGAACGUGCAUGGCGCACAGUUUCUGGACAUUGGUAGGAGUGGUGGCCAGCGAAACAUUGGAUUCAUGCCGCAGACAGUAUUGCCGCAGGUUGCAAGAGAAUGUACUGCCAAUGGUGUGGUUUGGGAUCAGCAAAGAGAACGUGAUGAAGGGAGAAGGUUGCGAAAAUAUGUGCGGGAUGUGCUGAAGACUGGGGGCGCCGGUACGCCUUCGACUGCUGCAACGAGUAGCACGACCAGUCUUCCCCUUCGCCCGAACAGACGCGAUUCCAACACCCUACUUAACUCGGCGAGUGCUGGGACGGAUGGAGGAGGCGUGGAAAACUCACCCAACCUCUCCAGAAGCGAUAUCAAUGCUUUUGGGUCAACACCCACCACAGCAGGAGGCGGGGACGAUUCGCCAGGCCGGACAAUGCCAUCGGUUUCACAGAACCGCGCACCAGGCAGUCGGUCUGUCACUCUGGAUUCUUUCUCCAGCACUUUGAACGAUGCGGAAAGGAGUGCAUACACACGAUCUGCGCUGGCCAAUAUCAAUGACAUGCGGAGGCAACAUUCACCCAGCGGAAGUACAGGAGAUCUGAGUACGACAAGCCAGAACUUCAAAGCCAGUCCACAGCAGAGUCCUGGAUUAGUGAAUGCACGGCCUUUGGCGAACGGCAAUGGGCACGCCCGGGUCUCGAGUGGAACAUCUUCUCAUUUGAGGGGCCCCAGCUCAGAGGCGAACCUCCCACUCAACAACUACUCUUCAAGAGAAGGUAGGUAUUACGCUGGAGUCACGGCUGAUCACGAAGCUAAACAGUUCUCUGAAGACCACCCCAACGAUCGACGCAAUGCACAAGAUGGAUCGAGGCCUCCGCCAGCUGACGGCAGUCGUCGAGAUACUCCAGCAAGCGCAAAAGAGCACAGGGGAUUCUUAGCCAAGUUCAGGCGAGGGGGCAAGAGGGACGAUCAUCCCUCUCCUGAUGAUGAGCACGGACCAGCAAGCCCUCAGGCGACCAGAAAUGGCCUCUAUGGAAAACCGGGCGCAGCGUCGUCGGACAUCUCGCUGGGUGAUCGCCCGACAUCAAGAAAGGAGCAUCUGAGCGUUGAAUCUGCCGACAACAUUCCACCCCUACCAAGAGGUCGGCCUGCUGCUCGAGAAGGCGAUAAGAAGUUCAUCUUUGUGACUCCAGACGGCUGGAACUAUCGUCUCAUUGACAUUACUGACAUUGAGUCGGCUGAUCAGCUCCGAACGGUGAUCUGUUAUAAUCUAGGCGUUGCGGAGGGCCCAGAUGUUACCAUGCACCUCACAGCGCCUGGAAAGAUGGAGCACGAGGAGGGCUUGAACGACCAGAUGCUGAUGAACGCACGGACACAAAUGGCAGAUCCGACAGGCAACAUGAAGCUAUAUGUGCGCGCGUCUAACGUCAGUCUUGAGCCACCCCAGAGCGCUGGACUUGGUCUUCAAAUGCCACAAUCGCCUUUUGGUCAGGCCACAUUUGGUGGGAAACCCCUGGACGAAGCGACCCUCAAGCGACUCAAGGAAGAAGAGGCAGGCUCGCCAUCAACAAUCCGUUCAGGCGAGAGCACCCUUGUACCCGACAAAGCGCGCGGUCUCGUCACCCUUGCGAAGGAGGGCGAGAGUAACGACCGCGCCGCACUGCAGGAGAGCAUGCUUCAGCAGGACUUCAUGAAGCUAACACAAGAUCAGCAACAGGCGUUACUGGAGGCUAGGGCACAGAAGCACAGACUAGAAACCGAGCGGAAGCAGAAGUUCUAUCAAGCUCAAAGGAGGUCUCAAAUCAUCGAGGGUGCGAAUGGGAAGCGCGUGCACGACUUCGAUAGCCCUCGAGCUUCUCCAUACGAGACCGACAAGCAGCUCAACAGUCGCCCUCUGUCGUCUGGAUCGACAGACCUGGAAAAGAAGUCGGACAGUUUCCAGCCGUUGCGUAGGCCACCGCCUGUUCCUGAGCCGACUAAUACAUUGAAGAAAGCCGACAGUCUCACAAAGAAGCAGGGACCUUCGACACGAACCAGCUGGCAGAACCGUAAGGAGGAGCCAUGGAAGAGAAUCUCAGGAGGUUCUUUGCCAGAAGAAGAAGGCAAGAGGCCAGGCGGAGGCAUUGGUGCAGCACUUGCAGGCGCAGGCAAAGCAGUAGGGGCAAUUGCUGCGCCUGGCAACGGGCCCAAUAGCGCUCCAGUUGGAGGUUUGCCGACUCUAUCAGCGAACAUGGCCAAGUCAUCAACCGCUCCCGAUCUAUUUGGACUGGAUCCCGAACCACAUUCUAUGCAAUCCAUGACCUUUCAGCAGCGGGCAGCUUCUGGCCCCACCCGUAUCAGCCCUGGAACACCGAGAAGUCCCUUCACGACCAUGUCAAAAGGCGGCCAACCGUUCCGAGUACCUGCAUAUGAGGAGCCUGAUGAUGAAGAGGAUGAUGAAGACACUCUCAAGGCCUCGCAAAGACCUAAUCUAUCUCUUCGAACCACUUCGAACCCGAUCGCUAGGCUUCAAGCUGAAGGUACGGCUAGGUCACAUAGCCCAGAUCUUAGCCCGAGCUCUGAGCGACCGACAAGCUCUCUUAAUCGUAUGAUGAGCAAGAGAGGCCACUUUGAAGUGCCCGAGUACGAAGUGGCCUUUGCACCGUCGCCCAACGUCGGAACGAUGGUCUCUUCGCCAUCCCUCUAG